CCGGUUCGGUACCAAGUGUGCCCGCUGUGGCAGGCAGAUCUACGCCAGCGACUGGGUGCGGCGGGCGCGGGGCAAUGCCUACCACCUGGCCUGCUUCGCCUGCUUCUCCUGCAAGAGGCAGCUCUCCACGGGCGAGGAGUUCGGCCUGGUGGAGGAAAAGGUGCUGUGCCGGAUCCACUACGACACAAUGAUCGAGAACCUGAAGCGCGCGGCGGAGAACGGCAAUGGGAUCACGCUGGAGGGGGCUGUGCCCUCGGAGCAGGACAGCCAGCCCAAGCCAGCCAAGAGAGCCCGCACCUCCUUCACGGCCGAGCAGCUGCAGGUGAUGCAGGCACAGUUCGCUCAGGACAACAACCCCGACGCACAAACGCUGCAGAAGCUGGCGGACAUGACGGGGCUGAGCCGCAGAGUCAUUCAGGUUUGGUUUCAAAACUGCAGAGCCCGCCAUAAAAAACACACCCCGCAGCACACGGUGCCGCCCUCGGGAGCGCCCCCGUCCCGCAUCCCCUCCUCGCUGUCCGAUGACAUCCACUACUCGCCCUUCAGCAGCCCCGAGCGGGCCCGGAUGGUGACGCUGCACGGAUACAUCGAAAGUCAGGUACAGUGUGGACAAGUGCACUGUAGACUUCCCUACACUGCUCCACCAGUGCACCUCAAAGCAGACAUGGAAGGACCACUGUCUAAUAGGGGUGAGAAGGUCAUCCUCUUCCAGUACUGACUGCGAGGACUCUUCCUCAGCUGCCCCUGAGCCGCUGGCAGCGCCCGGCCCCGCGGGAGCAGCUCAGCCCCAGCACUCUCAGCUCCUCCAUUGAGCAGCACCUCGCGCCCGCUCCGACUCCUCCAGCGACACUCUGUGUAUGUGUGUGUUGAGUGCACAGUCACAUUUUACACUUGUUUCUUGUGGACUUGUAGAAUGACCGUGAGUCUCUCCAAGGCAGUGCCAGACACAGUCAAAACUGGUGACUCUGCUGUGCUUGCAAGUCUUGCUCCCAAACCCACGGGAUACGGACAGCCCGGAACACGCCGAGUCUCAGGGCGGUCGAUGAUCGCCUCUGGACACAAAGGAAGGAGGAAUUUUCGUGGUUUGGCCUGAUUCUCUUCUUGCACCAGUGAAGCAGUUCCUGGACGUCCCUCCUUCUUUCCACUCGCUUGUGUGAAAUCCGAAAUUGGCUUUUUGGCUCAGCAACUCGAUGUAUAGACAGACCUGCCUGAGCCAAACUCGCAGGUAGCUGAGACUCCACUGAGUGGAAAACAUGAUGCCAGCUGGAAAUAGGCAGUUUUUCUUCCUCCUCAAAGUGCUUUAGAAUCACAUGUCCUUUGAUCACUCAAAGGUAAGUAAAUCUUAGUGUUUUUUCCCCCCGUUUUAUAGGAGGGGAAGCAGAGAUGUCCUAAACUGAGAGGAACCAUGAGGGUUGGUGGCAGAGCCAGGUUUAGCACCCUGAAGUUUUUGAUUGCUGACUUGUUCUUAGAACACUGAAUAUCUCUCUCCUCUCACAGCCAUCUGCCAAAUCUUUUUUUUUUUUAAAGUUUUUUUACUCUCGUUCUUUAUUAACAAGCUACUUUAUUUCCUUGGAGUCAUAUUGGAUCACAAAUGGGUGAUUUAAGAAUGUACCUACAGAAAACUCUCAGACAAUCCAUACUCUGGGACUGGGAAAUGCUCGAUGGAAGGUGGCCAUAAAGGUGUAGAAAUGUUCUGCCCUGCUGUGGACUCAAGUUCAGUCAGUGGGAAGAGCUGGGUAGAGACUGGAGUUAAAAAGGUGAAAGCCACAGUGAGGCCGGCAGGAACCAUCAGUAGCCAAGGGGACAGCAAGGGGAUGGCAUGUUCCUUAGUCUGGCAGCCUGGCUCGGAUCCCCUCUGCCCCCCUGGUCUCCCUUGCUGGGGUUGGGCUGUCCCAGGCCCUGGGAUGAGGGUGCAUCCCAGGAGAAUGGCUGGGCUCACAGGAAGAGCUCAGCAGUCUGGCCCCAAGUCAGGAAAAGGACUCCAAAACCAUCCCAUCCUUCGUUGAUGGUAAUAACAAAAAGUAAACAAGAGACCUCUGCCAGCCCUUCUCAGCUUGCACCGAGCCAGGAGCAGGUCUGUAACAAAGGCUCUCUCCACGCAAGCACAUGGGUCUGUCCUGCUGUGAAGUGUCUGUGAGGCUGCUCUUCCAAGAAUGUGAAAGCCUCCCCUGAGGCACAGCAGUGAGGGAUGUGACUGAGCCGUGCCUGAGGAGCAGGAGAUGGGAAUCCAUCUGUUACAUAACUUGUUUUUAAUGGGAACUGUAGAUAUUCGUGCUCUCCUCUGCGGGAGAUCCUGGGUCAAUCCAGGUGGGAGCCAUCCCCAGCUCUGGGCAGCCCACACUGCACCCGUGGGGAGCCUUCUCCUGCCGUGUCCCUGUGCUCUGUGUGACACCAGCAGGCAGACAGGCUGCCCUGAGCCACCAGGAACACCCUGGGAGCAGCGUGGGGAGAUGGGGACUCUGCUGAGGGGGCACCAAGGUCUCUUGGCUUGGGAAGGAACUGAGUACAACACACUUUGAUAUUGGUUGGAGCAAAUCCACACACACACACACACACACACACACCCUCCUGUGUGUGUCUGUGUACUGAGAGUGAUGGCACUACCUCGGACAGCUGGGCCAGUACCUGCCAAACUGCAGCCAGCAGCUCUAGUCCCAAUUCAAAGUAACAUUUGAAAGGAGAGAGGGGAAUUAAGUCCACAAAAUGUUAUUGUCACGUCCAGAUGUGUGAGUGACCAUUUCCAGAGUGUCACCAGUGAACGAGGUGCUGCCACAUGACUGACCUGACUGGAGCCACCUCUGCAGAGGUGUCCCCUGGGGAGGGGACAGUCACCAGGUGCUCCAGGUGCAUCCUUUUUGUCCUUUUCAUAGAAUGAGGGAAGGCUGAGUGCUCCCCUGGCUGGCAGUUGGUGAGUGUUUGUCAUCACAGGCUGAGGUGGUUGCUGUGUCAGCCUUGAGGUGCUCGUGGGGGAUCACCAGGGCCUGACUUUGUUCUCCAUUUGUGCUUGCACAUCCUAAUGACCAUUUAGUUGUGGAAUUAGUGCCAUAAAGGGAUGGGUAGUUAUUCCAUUUGACACAGAAGGAGAGAUUCAGGCUGCAGCUUGCCCUGACAUCCCACAGUCUCUGAGACUGCCACAACUGCUCUGUUGAGGGAGAAAAGGGUUUGAUGUGUUUCUCCCUCCUGUCUUGGCAAUGCAGUGAAAGGGAAACUAUGAAAUAUGUAUCUGCUAAAUACCAACUGGAUCAGAAAAGCCCCACUUGGGAAUGUCCUGGAUAUCCAAGGGUCUGUAAGCAGUGCCAUGGCAGGGCCCAGGGAAUGUUGGUGUUUCUCUCCAGGGAUGUGGGCUCACCACAGACUGUGCUCGGGGCACUUCCCCCCAUAAGUAGCCAGGAGCAGCUUUGCUAAUUCAGAAAUCAGGCUCUGUUUAUAUUAAGCCCAAAUUGUUUGCAAAAACUGGAAGCAAUUCAGCUUGUGCAGUUUUAGAGCUAAUUAUGUGUAUGGAAAAUACUCAACUGUACCAAGAAUGUAAGAAAUCUUCUAAUUUAUUCAAUACAUUGUUUCACAACAUAUUUCACACUGACUGUUGCCACUGAACCAAACCUUAUCUCAGGUCAUUUGCAUUCAUCUCCUGUCUGUGGAUUUAAAAAAAAAAAUAAAAUUAAAGUCAUUCUCAUUUUCUUAGUUUAUUCAGUAAUUGCCAGAUGGGUUCUGGUGCAGCAAUGCAGACUCCACGCACUAAACUUUUCCAGUUGCUAUUUACAAACCCUUUUGCAGACAGAAUCCACUGAAGACAGCCAGGGAAAGGCUCUUCACUCCAGUUUAAUAAGGUGACUAAAACAGAGCUCGGCUCUGGCAGAGGGAUGGUUUCAGCUUUUAUCUCCAGUGGUUUUUCCUGGCUCAUGCUGUCAGCCCAAUGCCCGAGCUAAAGGUGCUUACAGAACUCACUCGUUGGGACAGGGAGUGGGAACCAAUCCUGCACUACUAUCAGUGAUUUAUCUGUAGGAUGCCAACUCAACACCAGUUUUAUUUCAUCUGCCAAUCAUUUUGUUGUAGCAUGUUGCAAUUCUGCAUGUCUUGGCUACAAUGGUUAAAAAAUUUUUUCUCUGAAUGAGUGGACAGUCAAGACUAAUAUUUAUUUUAAAAAAGUAAAACAAAAUUGUAAGCACUUUUUGUAAAACCAAUGUCUGUUUUGUUACAUACUUUUAAUGUUGUGCUUUGUAAAUGUCUUAUUUGUGUAAUAAAUAAAGUUAAUGCAAGUAGAAGUGCUGGCACUUACA